CAGAAGUUACGGCAUCGAGCUCGGCGUGUUUUGUGAAAGAAAUUGAAGGUUAGAAUUAUCAAAAAUGGGUAAAAUUAGGAAACCCAAACCUGCUAGAGCAAGGAGAAGCCAAGCCGCCGAAGAAAGUGAUGAGGAAGAACAACUCCCAGUUGAUAGCAAAGAAAAUGCUAUCCAAACAAUAUUGGAUCAAUUACAGGGUGCUGACGUUGAAGAAAAGUACUGUGGCUUGCAAACUUUUGCCAUUAUGAUAGAAAAUCCGGAGAACGUACCACAUAUUAUGAACCGUGGCUUGGUGAAAGUGGCAGCUCCUCUUUUGAUUGACCAAGCUAGCUCAGUGAGGAAUGCCGCGGCUGGCUCUCUCAGGAACCUGUCUACAGUGACCAUGGACACCUGCGAUGCUAUGAUGGAACAGGAUAUAAUGACUCCACUGAUCUGCUAUUUCCAUGAGCGUGCAGAAACUUGGGUUCCUGAUGUUAAUUCUAAAACAAAGGAUGAAGAUAUUGACACAUUUAUUCAGUGUGUCAAUUUACUGUUGAAUCUAUGUGAAAGUUCAGAUCUCGCUGUAAAAUAUUUAGGACAGUCCAGAAUAUUAGAUAUACUGCCUCGUUACUUGGAUCUUGGCACUUUCAGCAGUGACAUUGUAACAGCAGUUUUACAAUGCCUGUUUGUUGUUGUAGAAGACAAUCCUGCAGCUAUGGCUAAAAUAAAGUCAAAUGCAGAAAAACAGCUAGAAGCUUUAUUAGGACUUGAGGGAACUGAUCCAACAAUACUACUGCUAAAAACACUUUCUGCUGGUGUUAUAAUAAAUACAUGUGGUGGUAAUAUAACCACACUGCCUACUGAUGUUAUCAAUAGAAUAAUGUCCAUAUUAGCUAAUACUCUGUCAGUGGACCACAGACUCAUCUGUAGUCAGUUGUCAAGUAGUGUGCCAUUAAAGGAUGCUUCAGGCAAAGUUGAAGCACCCAAAGGCAAGGCGGCACAGCAACUAGAGAGCCAGAUACAAUCUGUAUCACAAAUGUUGACUGCUCAGCAAAGUUCUAUAGAAAUUAUUGCUAAUAUUUGUUCAUGUGAAGAUGGUGAUGAAUUACAAGGCAAUGACUCAUCAGAUAGUGAUGAGCCAGAUGAAGAAAUUUUGGAAAAUGGUCAUGAAACUGUGCUUGCAGAAGACAAGCUGCCUCCAGAAGUGAUGGAAGCUUUUAUAUCUUUGGAAAUAUUUGAAAAAGUUUGGGCUAGAACCCAGUUACCUGCUCAGAAUGUAAUGUUAAUAUUAAAGGAAUAUGAAGGAUCACAACUUGUUCAAAAGAGACUCCUCAGCUUGCAAACUCGGGCACUUUUAUGUGUAAACAAUUUAUUAUCUACUCUUCCAAUCGAAAAUCUUGGUGGAGUCAAUGGUGUUUAUAAAAUCUGGGUAGAUACAGGAAAGCUAGUUUUCAAACAAGAUGCUGAGAAUUUAAAUCUUCUGGAAUCGGCUACAGCUGUUAUGAGAGCGGCUUUGGACAAGAUUAAGUUUAGAGAAAAUGGCAAUACCAAUGACUGCAGUUUGUUCAGUGACUUGGCUUUGUCAGAUAUCGAGAUUAUGUUGACUGGAGUUAAAGAAUGUUUAGUGCCCGAGAUAAGAUCAAACCUAAUCCGGAUGAUCGGCAUUCUAGCGUUACUGCUAGUUAAUAACUUGAAUGACGUAACUUCUAAUGUAAUAUGCACAAUUACUGAAUUUAUAUUAGAACAAGCACAUAAAGAGAACGAAGUCUGGGUACUAGCUGAAGCUAUCGACACAAUUGUAGAUCUAUAUUCUGAAGAUGAAACAGAUGUGUUGGCUGCUAAGGUUAAGUUGACAGACAAACUGGCUAUACUAGCGCCAAUACUGAAAAAUAAGGCGAGACAACAAAAGAAGCUUCCGAAAGAAUAUAAAGUGCUUGUAAGCACAGCAUCGUCCAAUUUACCAAGAUUUAUAAAGUACAAGAGAGAUAGAAUUAGUAGGUUAUAAGUGCGUUCUUUGAAAUACUUAGUAAGUAUAAAAUGUUGAUCAUUUACAUUGACAAAGUUUAUAUCCAUGAUAUAUAUUUUUUGUAAACACA